UUCCGUCAACAAAUGCACGUGUUUUGGCGGGGAUGCACUGACAGGAUUGCGCGUCGAUUUUACAGAUCAUGUAGACGUUUUCCAGUAUUGUACAUUGGGUCGCCGUGUACAGUUGCUCACGAUGAGUGGUAAAAGACCACAAGUGUCUGAUGGGGAAGUUGUCACAAAACGGCACAGACCGCCAAAUCUGGAGGAUGUGAAAAUAAAUUCUAAAGUGACAAAUCUGAAAACAACAUUUAAAAACGCCUUUAGCCAAAAACAGUGUGUGACAGAUGAUGACAGCGGGUGUUGUGUGAACCAGCUGCCCUUCACACACAGUUUACUGCCAGACUUCAUACAAGAUUCCAGCUUCCUGGAUGAUCUGACAGCUGAACUUCAUGCAGUGCCUUUUGCAGAGAAAAACAAUGACUUAUAUAAGUUCAAACAGAGUUCAGAUCUGAAGAAGACAGCUUCCCCAUGCAUAGCACAUCUCAAAAAACUGUUGAAUGAAGAUUUUCAUGGAUGGCUUGAGGAGGUCACGGAUAUUCCGUUAACGUCAAAUGUGGACAUAUUCUGCUCUCAGUAUAAAUACACAGAUGUGCUCCUGUGUCACGAUGACGAGCUGGAGGGUCGGAGGAUUGCCUUCAUCUUCUACCUGGUUCCUGACAGCUGGGGGGAGGCUGAUGGCGGCAUGCUUGACCUCUUCGACAUGGACGAGCAUGGACAGCCAAACAAGGUUGUCAAGUCGGUUUGCCCCCAGAGGAACUGUCUGCUGUUCUUUGAAGUGACGGAGGCAUCAUUUCAUCAGGUGGCUGAGAUUCUGUCGGAGAGCAAGUGUCGACUGUCUGUAAGCGGCUGGUACCAUGGUCCCGCUGUACCCAGAUCUAAACCCUUCGUGGAGUCCCUGCCUCCCCUCAUCUCGCCCAACACGAUAGAUGAGGAUGAUCUGUACAGCUGGAUCAACCCGAUCUAUCUCAACCCCGAGAUUCAGGCUGAUAUUAAGGAGAAGUUCGAGAAUGAUUCAGAGAUUGAAUUGAAGGAUUUUCUCCAGGAUGAGAAGUACAAGACGGUUCUGCAGGCAAUGAGUGAUGUGGGUGUGUCCUGGUCCCCACAGGGCCCUGCAAACAAAAGAAACUAUGAUGCAUGCAUCGAUGGGGAUAGGCCAGAGGUCCUGACCAAGUGUGUCAACUUCCUCCAGUCCGAUGCCAUGUUCCUUAUUCUCUCCAACCUGACAGGACUCAAACUGCAUGAGUUAGCGCCGUCGUCCGAUGAUGAGGAAGAGGCAGCUGACACCUCUAAUGGAACAGGCAAUCAGAGUAAAGAGUUGGGAGGCAGUCCUCAGUGCCGGAGCGUGGUACGGCAGUGGCGGCACGGCAGCUACACCCUCAUCCAUGACACCGACAGCGAGGGCUCCGAGUACGCUCUAGACGCCUUCAUGUACUUCGGAUGUCCAGACUGGGAUUCUGACAACGGUGGCUACACAACUUACAUAGCUAAGGGAGAAGACGAAGAGCUGCUGACCGUGUGUCCGUCAGACAACUCGUUGGCACUGGUAUACAGGGACAAGGAAACACUCCGAUUUGUGAAACACGUGAACCACACGAUCACCCGAACAACCGACACCAAGUUCUUUGACAUUGCUACUGUGUACUACGAGUGAGAUGAAGAGAGACGGAAUAUGUUAAAGACACUGUCGCAUGGGGAACCCACACAAAUACAAAAAUGACCAGUUGACAUGUGUAGAAAUUGAAUUGUGGAGUUAAAUAUGAUUAUUUUUAAAAAAAAUUGGAAAAUAUCCUUCAGAAACAUGUACACUUGUUCUGUGCCUAUCCUGUUCUUGUUAUAGGAGAGAGAUGGCGUCUCGGUGGUCGUUUAAUCUUGUGGCUAAUGGAUCCAUCAACUCGCCACCAGGACAUAAAUGAAUACAUUACAUCAGUAUUUGCUUUUUGCUUGCUUUUUGAUAAAUUAUAUAAAAUGUAUUAAUUUUGAUAAACAUAGAACAAUAAAUGUACACUGUCAAUAUAAUAGCAUGUGCAGGCCUCAUGACCAUUAACUACACGAAUUUGGUUAGAUAAAAUAUGUAUAUGGUUUAUAUACUUACCAACAAAAGAAACGCAAAUACCAUACUCAUUGGUUAAUACAUGAAAAAUGACUCAUAUUCAAGAGAUCUGAGAUUGGUUUGACGCACAAACGAUUAUACUGAUGUGUGAAUUGACACUCAAGAACGCAUCACAUGUAGCGUCAUAGAUCCAUGACUCGAGAUGUACCAUUGGUCUCAUGCAGGAUUAGCUUGUAAAGUCUGGAAAUCAUAUGCACUUGACUGAUUGUUAGUUUUGUCAUUAAGUGGUACACAUUGGAAACAUCUCUUCUUAACGUACAUACUUCUCGAUAUGUUUCUUUGGUUUGCGUUUCUUUUGCCAGUGAGUAUAUUAUGUGUUAAAUCUUUUUUGAACCUUGGUAGGAUGAUGCAGUGGCAUUGGAAGCCUACUUACGAUGCAUGAUAUGUACAUGAGCACACACUCCAACACACACACGAUAAACAGACACACACACAGUGAUCAGCAUGAUCAGUUUGCUCCGACCUAAUCAUACUAAUUAUGUCCCAUGUGUUGUGAGGUUGUUAUGUAUGUUAUCUCUGAUCAUGUAUUUUAACAGUAUUUGUUGUCCUCUGUUAUUUACUCGUGUUUAGUUCUA